AUGGCCGCUACAAACUCAGUGAUGGCAAGCGAAAAGAUGGUCUCAUCCGACUUCACCAUCGGCAUCAUUGGCCUAGGAGACAUGGGCAAGAUGUAUGCUCGGAGGCUCAGCGCUGCAGGAUGGAGGGUGAAUGCUUGCGACAGGGAAGAGAAAUAUGAUGGCCUUCAUGAGGAAUUUGCCGGCCAAAAACAAAUCAAAAUCUUUCCCAAUGGUCAUCUCGUCUCCAGAGCAAGCGAUUUCAUAAUCUACAACGUUGAAGCCGCGUCGAUUGACAAAGUCGUUGCGCAAUAUGGCCCCUCUACGAAGCAAGGUGCUAUUGUUGGAGGUCAAACUUCUUGCAAGGCUCCCGAGAUCGCAGCGUUUGAGAAACAUCUUCCGGGGGAUGUGGAUAUCGUCUCCUGCCACUCCCUCCAUGGUCCGAAUGUUGACCCAAGAGGCCAGCCGCUCGUUCUAAUCAAACACCGUGCAUCCCAGGAAAACUUCGAAAAAGUCGAGCAUGUUCUCUCCUGCCUAGGAUCCAAACAUGUCUAUCUUUCCGCCAGCAAGCAUGAUCGCAUUACUGCCGAUACCCAAGCAGUUACACAUGCAGCCUUUCUAAGCAUGGGCAAAGCGUGGCACGCCAAUGAGCAAUUCCCUUGGGAGAUAGCUCGUUACGUUGGUGGUAUCGAAAACGUCAAGAUCAAUAUCACACUCCGAAUUUAUUCUCAGAAAUGGCAUGUUUAUGCCGGCCUGGCUAUCCUGAAUCCUUAUGCUAAAGAGCAAAUCAAGCAAUAUGCUCAGUCUGUCACAGAUCUUUACAAGUUGAUGCUUGGUGGACAUAGAAAGGAGUUAGAAGAUAGAAUCGUUAAGGCUGGCGCUAAGGUCUUCCCUUCACAGAGCUGGGAUGAAGAUCUCCUUCUCAAGGACGAAGUACUUGACCGUUUCUCCCUAGGCAAGAAACCUGAAACCCCUCUGCCAAACAACCAUCUCAGUCUACUCGCCAUGGUAGACUGCUGGUCACAAAUGGACAUCGUACCGUACGACCACAUGAUCUGCUCUACACCCUUGUUCCGUCUGUGGCUUGGCGUCACAGAAUAUCUUUUCCGCAAGCCUGCUCUUCUCAACGAUGUCAUUCGUGUGGCUAUUGAAGACAACACAUUUCGAUCAGAUGAUCUAGAAUUUACAUUUGCUGCACGAGGGUGGAGUGAGUGUGUUGCUUUUGGCGACUUUGAGGGCUACAAAGAUCGUUUCCAAAGUACACAGAAGUUCUUUGAGCCCAGAUUUGCGGACGCAACCAAGGUUGGAAAUGAGAUGAUCAAGACUAUUCUUGAGAAUACGAAGAAAUAA